AAAAAAAAAAACAGACACAAAACUCUUCAAAAUAUGUUCGACUUUCUUCAAUCCACGAAUGGAGAAGAUCAACACCAUGGGCUCAAAUUAAACCCGAUCCUCAUCGGCAUUCUUGGAAUUCUAUGCGGAGCCAUAAUAGUCGGAACCAUCCAUUGCAUUGCCAUUGGCUGCCAUGCAAGCCAAAGCCAAAAUCCUGGAAAUAACAGCCGAGAAAGAAAUAGUACUAGAACCAGAAGGAGUAACAAUUCAACGACGUCGACGAUGACGAUGAUGACAAUUCCGGCAUGUACUAGUAGAUACAGCAAGGAACAAUAUUGCAAUGAAGAAGAAAUUUGCUCAGUUUGUUUAUGUGAAUUCAAUGAAGGUGAACAAAUUCGUUUAUUGCCUGAAUGUUUACACUUGUUUCAUGUUACUUGUAUUGACAUAUGGCUAAAUUCACACUCGAAUUGCCCGCUUUGUCGGGCGGACACUGUGCCUCCGGAGAAUGUUGUUGUCGUAGCGAUGCCAGAUUCCGGUGUGAUUCCGCCAUAGGAAUUUCGUUAAAUGAGGGUUUUGAGAUGAUUAUAAGAUAAUAAUAUUAGCUUCUCAAUUAAUUAAUGAUGGAAUUUAGUUUAACGAUAGCUUUAGUUGUAAGUUUUCAUAAUUUUGGAGUAAUUGAUUCUGAACAUCAUUGAACUUUUGAGUUUUUUUUUUAAUUCAGUCACUAAAAUAUUUUUUUUUCAUUUUGAUCACUGAACUUUCAUUUUUUUUCAUUUUGAUAUUUCAGGCCAAAAAUGUUUAAGUGGCAGCCGGAAAUUGACAUGUAAC